UACCCUCUUUUUGUGAACUAAAGAACGGGGUGGGGGGGCUAAUCCGAGGCGUUUCUCUCUGUCCGUCUGUCUAUCCUCCCCUCUCCCCCUCGCCUGUUUUUAAACCCCUUAGUUAGAGGCAGGGUGCAAAUUAAAAGCCACCACCACUACCAUCUCCUUUAGGAGAUACUCCGGCCCGCCGCACACCUGCCUGGCUGGCAAGGCAGAGCAGGCAGGCAGGCAGGGACUAGCGGGACGGACGGCCGCGGGAGCGGGCCGGCCUCGCCCCUCGGUAGUGCCCGCGGCGGCAGAAGACGAGCGGCUGCUGCAGGGGGACCAUCUUGCCGCUGCUCCUCCGGCGACGUCUCCGUGCGGCGGAGGGGCCGGCUGGGAGGGGAGGGAGAGCCUGCUGCUCGGGGGCUCUGUUUACGUACACACAUAGCUGCGAGCGGGGAGUUUCUCCUGCCGGCGCGUCCUGCGAGCUGCCUGGAGAAUCCCAUUCGGAGCUCUGCCGAGCGGGGCGGGAGAGGAGAGCUGAGGCAGGGCAUGAGUUUUAGCGCGAAAAGCGGCGCUUCGCUGAGCUCCCGGGCAGCGCGGUGGUGGUGGCGGCAGCAGCCGUCCUGCGCCGCGGCAGCUCCUGCCUGGUCCUUCGGCGGCAGCUGGUCGCGGCCCAUCCUGGACAUGUCCUACUCCCGUCAGUUUCUGGAUUUCCAGGGCUCGUCCAUCCCCAGCUCCAUGAAGAAGCUGGUGGUGACGAAGCUGAGCCAAAACUUCAGGGAAGCGGUCACCCUGCAGCAGGACUCGCCCGUGCCACUCCCGGGAGACGGAGACCUCCUGGUCAGGAACAGAUUUGUCGGCAUCAAUGCAUCUGAUAUAAACUACUCAGCUGGUCGAUAUGACGCCUCAGUUAAACCCCCCUUUGAUAUAGGCUUUGAAGGUGUCGGUGAAGUGGUAGCGUUAGGACUCAGUGCUAGUGCAGAUUACUCCGUGGGUCAGGCUGUGGCCUACGUGAAAGCAGGUUCCUUUGCUGAGUACACAGUUGUGCCAGCCAGACAAGCAGUCCCUCUACCCUCAGUGAAACCCGAGUUCCUCACUUUAAUGGUAAGUGGCGCAACUGCAUACCUCAGUUUGAAAGAGCUGGGAGACCUGUCUGAAGGCCAGAAGGUUCUGGUGACAGCAGCAGCUGGAGGAACGGGCCAGUUCGCUGUGCAGCUUGCAAAGAAGGCAAACUGCCAUGUAAUCGGAACCUGCUCCAGUGAUGAAAAGGGUGGCUUUCUGAAAUCUAUUGGCUGUGACCGUACCAUCAACUACAAAACUGAAAAUGUCGAAUCUGUGCUUAGGAAGGACUACCCCGAAGGUGUGGAUGUGGUGUAUGAAUCUGUUGGAGGAAAGAUGUUUGACUUGGCUCUCAAUGCCUUGGCUAUCAAAGGGCGCCUGAUAGUUAUUGGGUUUAUCGCUGGCUACCAAAACCCCACUGGCCUCCAGCCCGUUAAAGCAGAGUUAUUGCCAGCAAAACUAUUGAAGAAGUCUGCUAGCGUCCGGGGUUUCUUCUUGAACCAUUACCUUUCUGACUACAAAAUGGCUCUGCAGCAUUUGCUCAAGAUGUAUGAAAGAGGAGACCUGGUUUGCGAGGUGGACUUUGGAGACAUGUCUCCUGAGGGCAAGUUCACUGGCUUGGAAUCUGUAUUCCGUGCUGUAGAUUACAUGUACAUGGGAAAAAACAUUGGAAAAAUUGUAGUUGAAUUACCUCACUCUGUCAACAGUAAGCUGUAAAAACAGAACAAUGAUAUAAAUCAGAAGAGAGAAAAUGGGCACUUUAUGCCUCAGAUUUACUAGAAACAAUUUCUUUUUUUAAGCUUAGUAAUGGAUAUUAUAUUAAAAAACAGCAUUAAAGUGUUAAUAAAAAGGGAUGGGUUGGCUGGGUUUUUUUCGUUUGUUUGUUUUUAUUUUCUUAGAAGUGUUUAAAUCAGUGGCUGUAGCAGGGACAUAAUGGGCCUGUGUUUGAUAUUGUCACUUAGGUUAGCAUGAGACAAGAACAUUGUUCUUGACAGAAUAAGUCUUGAUGCAGAGGCAGAUUUAGUCUGUCAGCCUGAUUUGAUAAGACUUCAUCUGUAGUUCACCUCAGAAAAAAAAAAUCUUUCAGCAAUUUUGAUUCCCUGAUUUAAAAAUAAAAUUGUUAGAACAAGAAUAAGUAAAGAAUUGUAUCUUUGGGUUGCUCUAUUAAUCUUUUGAAGUUUCUAGGAAAAAAAUGCUCUUGAUUUUCUGUCACAAACAUGAUAAUCAUAAUUCAGUUGCAUCAUGGAUCAUAGUAAUAUUCCUUGACUGGUUACACAGGGAAAUUUAUCCUCCAAUUCUGACAUGUCAGUAAUAUUAAGCAACUUGACUUUUUUUUUUAAUCCUGUCUUUCAUAACUAUAAACAACUGCGCAAUUUUCUUUUAAAUCUUUAACUACCAGUUGCAAUGUAGUCUCAUUUUGUUGCCUUUUCAUUUUGUUGCCUUUUCAUUUUCCACUGUUUAUUGUCCAGUCUCCCCUUUAGUCAGCUAUUGGAAUGGGAUUUUGAGCCAUGUUCAUGUGUGUUCAUGCCCUGUAUAUUUUUU